AUGGCUCAAACUCCUUACUACGGCGGUAAUCGUCCGCCGCCCCUAUUCGUCGCCGAGCUUGACAGCCAGCCUGGACGUCCCGGUGACGCUCCAUCCCACCACAGGCCUGAUGGUGCACCUGUAUUCGAGAUGAGCGGCGAGCCAGUGCUCGCGGAACAGCAGCAGCAUCAUGAUAUGGACCAGUCAAGUCCCUCCAACCAGUGGCCAUCGCCUCUUCAAACUCCCGGAAUGUCCAAGCCAACGCACCAGGAAGAGGCCAAGGAUAAGCCAAGCAAGGACCCGUCUGCCGCGUCUCAAUCUGCCAUGGCCAAUCCCUGGGCAUAUUUUGGACCCGAACCUUCAGAUAGUACAUCUCAACAGCCGCAACGGCCCCAUAUUGACGACCGCCGGCCCUCAGAGCCAAUAUACAAACCGUAUUCUGGCAAUAGCGAACCAAAUCAACCAGAGGUCCCCUACAGCACACGACCAUCUGGCAACUUUUCGUAUUCAGACAAUCAAAGCGAUGAAAACGUCUACUAUCCUGCACCGCUUAAACUUGCCCAUCGCCCUGCCAAGGCAACAACACCUCCAACCUUCAAGCCAUAUGCUCCGCCGACCUCACAGGAUGCAUCGGACUUACAGCCCAAACCUUUGGGUCGCCCUGAUAGAACCAAUUCUCAGUCACCGGUAGUCUCAAACUCAUACCGACCCUACCGACCGCAUUCGCCUCAGCCUCCUUCUGGUGACUCUGUGCAUCCUCCUAAUGCUCGCCCUGCUACCGCAUCUCCUCCACAGAGUGGUCUCCUAGCAUCUCCCCCAGCGGCUUCCCAGCAGCAAUCUUUGGGCACGGCUCCUCAUCACUUCCAACCGAUACCACCGGUUCAAUCUGCAGAUCCACGGGCUUCAGAUGCCAUAGUGUCGCCAAAACCAUUUACUAGUCUUCCUACCUCACCUGGUCCUCAAGGACAGACGUUGCCAUCACCACAACAGCAGCAUGGAAUUCCUAACGCCGCUCCAGUACAAUCAGUACCUUCAUCCGUGUCUACAUAUCUUCCUUCUCCCAUGACUCCUUCAGCUCAGCCAGCCUCAGCAGUUGCUCCUUCACCAGCAACCCCUGCUCUGAAUGCAGGCGUCCCUUUCACCCAACCACAGUAUACUGCUCACGCCGCCGGCCCAAAUUAUGCCCAGACAUCCACGCCAGGCGCUGUGUCAUCUUCACCAGCAGUAUCGGCAGCACCUUCAGUCAACGCUGGAAUACCAUAUAGUCAACUACAGUAUGCUGCUCCAGUUCAGGCACACAACUACGGACCAAGCCAGGCGUUCACGGCCCCGAGCACAUCGGCGGCAGCCCCUUCACAGCUUCAGUCGCCAGUUGUAUCUAGCCCGGCCUACAACUCGCCUCAGCCGAUGGCUCAGAAUAGUUAUAAUAUUCCGCAACCGACAUAUGCACCGACACAAGGACAAACAACAGCAAAUCCAACGCCAGGCGGCUUCAACCUCCCUUCCCCUCACCAGUCUGCUCCUUACCACCAAGCUGCUCAUGUAGGUCUUGCGAUGCAGCAAUCGCAUCCACAGCAGUCAAAUACACAGUCAUACGGCACACCAGCACCACCAGCAAGCUCACAAUCACCACCGCCUCCUCCUUAUGCAAUCCAAGACACUGGUAUGGGAGCUGGAACGCAGCCUGUAGUACAGAACACUCAUAUGAUGUACCGACCGCCUCCGGUCGGUGCUUACCCUUCGCAGACCCAAUAUCCAACCCAGCCGACAUACGCACCGGCAAUGAGUCCCCCUCUACAGGGCCAGUCAACACAUAGUCUUCAGCCCCCUGCGCUCCCCCCUCGACCUUCUUCAUCACAAGGGUUCGCCCCGUCUGGCUUUGGUGCUGGCCCAACUGGCUACAACCCAUCUAACUACCCGCGUCCACCUCAAACUUAUUUUUCACCUCCUCCUGCAUUGCCACCGCGACCCGGUCUGGGAAAACUUUCGGGCGGCGGAGGAAAGAUAUUUGGUAGCAGCUCCGCUGACAAGUGGUUGAGGAAGACAGGGCAGGCGUUAGAGAGCACGCUGGCACCAUAUCUACAAGGACAAUCUACAUCGUAUCGUCCAGGGACAAACGGUCCACAAGGGCAGCAGGGGCAACCGGUACAUCAAGUUCUGGGAGCCUACCCCCCUCAAGGAAACCAUUUUCACGCACCUCAUCUAGCACCACAGUUUAGGGGUAACCAAGAAUCUGGGCCCUCGCCUCAUGGGCCUGGUGCAUCAUAA